UUGGUUAUGAAUUGUUGUGAUAAUUUAUGUUUAUUUAUGUGGCACCGGUAAUAUCCAUAACUUCGAAUUAUAGUAAAAAAAGUUAAUGAUUUGAUGCACAUUGUAUAUCUAUAAACAAACCAACAAAUUUUUAUACAUGAAUAUUGAAUAUGUAAAACAUAAUGUCUUAAAAAGAAAUAAAAAUCAAAGAAAUCAAGAAAGAUAUUAGAUAUAAAUAAAAGUUCGAUAUAUGUGAAAAUGAGUUUCAAUAAGACAAAAAAAGUUAUAGAAGAAGGAGACGUUGUUAUAUUGUAUCUGAAUCCGAAUAAUAUGCAUUCGCUGGAAGUGAAGGCAAAAAUUUCCAACAAGAAGGGCGAAAUUGUGGACAAUGUGUUUCAAACGACGUAUGGUGCAUUAAAGGUGAUCUCCCUCGUUGGGCAAAAGUAUGGCACAAAAAUAGAGCUAACUCGAGGCUGGGCAUAUGUAUUGCAACCAACACCAGAACUUUGGACGCUGACAUUGCCACACAGAACACAGAUUAUCUAUAGUCCAGACAUAAGUCUCAUUAUACACUUGAUGGAACUUAAACCAGGCAGCAUAGUCAUCGAAACAGGUACUGGUAGUGGCUCCUUGUCUCAUUCAUUGAUACGAACGAUACGUCCACACGGUCAUUUGUAUACUUUUGACUUUCACGAACAUCGUGCAUCUGUUGCUGGUGUGGAAUUUGAAAGGCAUGGCCUGAGUGAAUUUGUAACUUUGAGGGUAAAAGAUAUUUGUAUAGAGGGAUUUGGGGAAGACCUGAGGCAUAAGGUUGACGCUGUUUUUCUGGAUCUUCCACACCCGUGGUUAACUAUAGAACAUGCUACUUUUGUCUUAAAAGAAAGUGGUGGAAAACUCUGCUUCUUUUCUCCUUGCAUCGAGCAGGUCCAACGUACCUGUGCAAAACUGAUAUGCGAAGGAUUCGUAGAAUUAAAUACAUACGAAUGUUUGCAAAGAGAAAUGAAUGUUCAAUAUAGAUUAUUGCCAGUAUUAGAUUUGGAGUGUUUGAAAUACAAGCACGUGAAUGACGAUGUGACACAAAAAAGUGAAAAGAACAAACAAGAAGAAAAACUCCUCACAGUUACUCAUGCUCAUUCGUUACCCGGGCACACAGGCUUUAUUACGAUAGCUACUCUACCUCCUAGUUACGCACGAAAAUAAACAAGAAAAGGAAAGAAGAAAACAUCGAGUUGGAAUAGCGUUUUUAAGAUCAGAAAUGGACAAGCAUUACUUGUAAUAUGUGAAGUGUGCAUUAUAUGUGUGACAAUAUUACUGUCAUGUUAAAUAGAAAUUUUAUAAGUU